AUGGUAGAUAUCAAGAAGACAAACAACGUCAAGGUUGCCGAACACGACGAUGACGCUGACAUGAAGGAGAAUGUGGUAUCAACCAAAGUCCUUAUCGGUGACGAGAGCUUUAACCAGGCUAUGAUGAAGGAGCCACCUCAGCCUAGAAACUGGGUUGCCAUUAACCUCUACAUAAUCUCGGUUGUCGGGUUCUGCUGUUCUACUUCUAACGGUUUUGACUCCUCUCUAUUCGGAAAUCUGCUCUCCCAGACGAACUUCCAGGAGUUCUUUGGGGUCGGCAAUGUCGGCAUUAAGGCUGGCAUAGUCAGUUCCAUGACCCAAAUUGGUGGCGUAGCUGCAAUCCCUUUCAUCGGCCCUGCGAUCGACACCUUUGGCCGAAGGAUCGGCAUGUUCAUCGGAGCCUCUAUCAUUCUCCUCGGUGUCAUCAUUCAAGGCACUGUCAUUAGCACAAACAAUAUUGGUCAGUUCAUGGGAGGUCGUUUCUUCAUGGGAAUGGGCGUGUCUAUCAUCGCGUCCGCUGGACCCUGCUAUGUUGUCGAGAUCUCUCAUCCUGCCUACCGUGGUAUUAUCACUGGUUUCUAUAAUGUUUUCUGGCCCGUGGGUGCUCUUGUCGCGUCGAGUGCAUGCCGUGGCAGUCUCAACUUGUCUGGACACGCUACAUGGCUUGUGCCGAUUUGGCUCCAGGCAAUGUUCCCCGGGAUUGUGUUCCUCUCGGCGUUUUUCCUCCCAGAAUCCCCCCGAUGGCUAUACACCAACGGAAAGCAAGAGCAAGCAAGGGUUUUCCUCACCAAGUGGCAUGGAAACGGUAACCCUGAGAGCGAAUGGGUCAAGCUACAAAUGGGAGAAUACGAGGCACAUCUCGAACUCGAUGGCGCUGACAAGCGCUGGUGGGAUUACCGGGCGCUGUUCAGGAACAGAACCGCCGUCUACCGCCUUGCCUGCAACUGCCUUGUCUCACUCUUCGGACAGUGGGCUGGUAACGGUGUCGUCUCUUACUUCCUCAGCGGAGUGCUGGAUACUGCCGGCGUCACGAAUACUACUACUCAGAACAACCUCUUCGUCGCUAUGAACGCGGUGCAAUGCAUUCUCUCCUUCACUGGAAGCAUGUUUGUUGACAAGAUUGGUCGGCGCCCUCUCCUGAUCUGGGUGAACGUAGGCUGUUCUAUCUGCUGGAUAGGAGUGACUGCCGCAUCAGGUAUCCAGGCCAGCAAAGGCGACAAAGCAUCCAGUGCCGCCACUGUCGCCAUGAUCUACAUUUUCCAAGCUGUCUACUCCUUCGGAUGGACCCCUUUGCAAGCCCUCUAUCCUGUCGAGGUCCUCUCGUUUGAGAUGCGUGCCAAGGGAAUGGCCUUCUCCAAUAUGUUCGUCAAUGCUGGUAAGUCUGAACAGCUAUUUCCUCAGAUAUCACUUACUGACUCUCUCAGGCACCCUCGUCAACCAAUUCGGUUUCCCGUCGCUCUGGACAACAUCAAGUGGAAAACCUACAUCGUCUUCUUGGUCUGGUGUCUGGUCCAAGCUGGCCUCAUCUACAUCUUCAUCCCUGAGACCAAGAACCGCACUCUCGAAGAGCUGGACGAGAUCUUUAGCGCCAAGAACCCAAUGAAGGCUUCAAUCGCCAAGAAGAGGCUUGAGAUUGACGAGCACAAGAACGUGAUUGGGGUGGUCGAUUUGGAUGAGAAGGAUGCCGCUUAG